AAUUUUGCAAGUGGUUCUAAUUUACUAUCGCUGUUCUCUAGCUGGUCUAAACCCGCUUUUGAUCUAAAGGGACGCUUUUUGGACGCCAUGGACAUUUCUCAGUUUACAGGCAAUAAGAACAGUAAAAAUGCAGGCAGGGCACAGGACAAAGCACUAGGGACAAAAUUUAUGUGAAAUGGUUUGAUACAUGAAUUUAGUGAAUGUCACUUUUUGUCGUUUUCAAAUUUCCCGCUAUUCCAUCCCCCGUACGUCCCAACGCUCGCAGGGGACAGAACCCAGAAGACAGAUGCCGGCAUCCGCCGGAGGACAUUGCCAGGGACACUGCAGGAGGGACAU